GGCUGUAAAAGACUGUAGCUACAUCAUCCAUGUAGCAUCACCAUUUCCAAAUGUCCCAAUUGCUAAUGAAGAUGAUGUUGUAAAGCCAGCUGUUGAGGGUACUAAGAGAGUUUUGCAGGCUUGUGCUGAUUCUGGAACUGUUAAACGAGUUGUGCUUACCAGUUCAAUAGCAGCCAUUCAUGGUGAGACUACUGUUGAAGAAGGCAAGGUUUACACUGAAUCUGACUGGACCAAUACUGAGUUAGCCACACUUGACUAUUACAGUAAAAGUAAAACAGUGGCAGAAAGAGCAGCGUGGGACUUUGUUAAAGAUCUUCCAGAAGACAAAAAGUUUGAGUUGGCAGUGAUUAAUCCAAGUCUAGUAAUUGGUCCUGUGUUAACUUCUACACUUGGCACCAGUAAUGAGAUUGUGAAAAGGCUUCUAGAGCGAGGAAUGCCAUUAGUUCCAAGAGUAAACUUUAGUGUUUGCGAUGUACGGGAUGUAGCUUUGGCUCACCUGAAAGCAAUGACUACACCUUCUUCUGAUGGUCAUCGUCACAUUAUCUGCACUCAGACUGUCUGGUUAAAAGACAUAGCCCUGAUGUUAACCAAGGAAUUUAAACCUCAAGGCUAUAGAGUGCCGACAAUGAAUGCACCAUACUUUGCUGUCUGGUUGAACAGUUUUAUUGAUAAAUCUACCAGACUUUUGUUACCCCGGAUAGGAAGAGAAUUCAAGUUUGACAACAGUCGAAUGAAGGAGGUUCUUGAUAUAACCCCACGAGACCUGAGCCAAACAAUUCUUGACACUGCCUAUAGUCUAAUUGAAAAUGGCCUUGUAAAGAAAUCCAAGAAAUAUAAACAUGGAAAGAAGGAAGGAGAGGAGCAAGCAGCAGAAGAUGUGUGUUACCAACGUGCACUUCUUUUAGAAGAAAAGAAAACUGAAGAAGAGGUGAAAAAAGAAGAAAAGGAUGAAGAGAAAACAGAAAAGAAGAAUGAGGAUGAAGAUGACAAAAACAAACCCAAGGAGCUGGAACCUGAAGAUAAACCUGAAAAGGUUGAUGAUGAACCACCCAAAGCAGAGAUAGAAGCUAUUGACAAAUGAAGGGCCUUGUGCUGACUAUUGUUUUUUAGGUGUAAGUUUGGGAACAAGCGUAUGUCUGUACCUAUUAAUUUCUAAGAUGUGCUUUAAGAAUUCAUGCUUCUUGUUCAAGUCAGCUAGUAGAGUACUUCACAAGGUGCUUUACCACUCAUGUCUUUCUUCUCACUCUUUGAACUUAUUUAAUUUCAAAAGUGUCUGAGCUGCGAGUCAGGGCUUCAUACUCUUGGUUUUAUAUUCUUUGUGUUUAAACUAUUGCCAGUAUGUUGGGCUAAUUAGUAAAAAAAACUUAGGAAUUACUGUUUAAAAUUUGAACUGUGUGUAGCUUACACAAU